CGCCGCCCGCCUGCUUCAUCCCGCGCCGUCGCGCUGCGCUUUCUGACAGUUGGUCGCUGGCUAAUGCUGUAGGCUAGCCAGUCCACUUCCUGUGUCGAGGCCUAGAUGACGGUUAUAUCUGCACGCGCGGUGUGAGUCGUUCAAAUCGGUGUCGCCAGGAGAGAAGCACGCCCCUGGUCUAGGAUGCUUGUUGACUGCAGCGCUAAAGCUGUUGCUUCCCUCUACUGCGGUGCUAUCAAGCUACAGUAGCACCAUGAUUGACACUCCUUUGCGGCCCGUCCCGAGACGCCUCUCUUGGUCCUUCAAAUGAUAUGAUAGUAGCCACCUGGAUCGCAUUCUGUGCCAGCAGGAGCCUUGUGCAGGUUCUACGCCUGACCGUAGAACAGCUGCGGUUUGUACAGUUCUGGCCAGGUCUUGCAGGCAGUGGGGCCAUGGGGAACAGCUGUGUGUGCAGGGAGGACAGCGAUUUGGAGGAGGGAGCAACCCCUCGCAGGCAGAUCAGGCGAGCGGACAACGUGGCCUCCGACCCCCAGGAGGCCCGAAGCAGUCGACCCAGGGACCCGGUCCGGCCGCCCAGGCGAGGUCGGGGACCGCACGAGCCCCGGCGGAAAAAACAAAACGUGGAUGGCCUGGUGCUGGACACGCUGGCUGUCAUCAGGACUCUUGUGGACAAUGACCAAGAGCCCCCUUACUCCAUGAUAACGUUGCAUGAGAUGGCCGAAACUGAUGAUGGCUGGUUAGAGGUGGUGCAGUCUCUGAUCCGUGUGAUUCCUCUGGGCGACCCGCUGGGCCCGGCUGUGAUCACCCUGCUCCUGGACGAGUGCCCUCUACCCACCAAAGACGCUCUACAGAAGCUGUCAGACAUGCUGAAUCUGAGUGGUGCCGUGGCCCGCCAGGAUGCCCUCAACCCAGCCAAACACCGCAACACCACAGCAGUGCUGGGCUGCCUCGCCGAGAAACUCGCUGGUCCAGCUAGCAUCGCACUUCUCAGCCCAGGAACCCUGGAGUACUUGCUGGAGAGCCUGGGUUCUGAGGCUCACCCCACUGUAAUGCUCUUCGCCCUUAUUGCCCUGGAAAAGUUUUCCCAGACCAGUGAGAACAAGCUGACUGUGUCGGAGUCCUGCAUCAGCAAUCGUUUAGCUGUCCUGGAGUCCUGGACAGAUCACACAGACUAUCUCAAACGCCAGGUCGGUUUCUGCGCACAGUGGAGCCUUGAUAACCUCUUCCUGAAAGAAGCACGUCAGUUCACUUAUGAGAAGGUCAACCUUCACAAUAUCAACGCCAUGCUGAACAGCAAUGACGUCAGUGAAUAUCUGAAGAUCUCUCCCAGUGGACUUGAGGCCCGGUGUGACGCGUCCUCGUUCGAGAGCGUGCGCUGCACCUUCUGUGUAGAUUCGGGGGUUUGGUACUACGAGGUCACGGUCAUCACGUCUGGGGUGAUGCAGAUCGGCUGGGCCACAAAGGACAGCAAGUUCCUCAACCACGAGGGCUAUGGGAUUGGGGAUGACGAGUACUCGUGUGCGUAUGACGGCUGCAGGCAGCUGAUUUGGUACAAUGCACGCAGCAAACCUCACUCCCACCCCUGCUGGAAGGAAGGAGAUGCCAUAGGAUUCUUGCUGGAUCUUAGCAAGAAGCAGAUGGUUUUCUACCUGAACGGACACCAGCUUCCUCCUGAGAAGCAGGUGUUCUCCUCUGCCACGUCUGGCUUCUUUGCGGCAGCCAGUUUUAUGUCCUACCAACAGUGUGAGUUCAACUUUGGGGCCAAACCCUUCCGCCACCCCCCAUCGCUCAAGUUUAGCACCUUCAACGAGUUCGCCUCGCUGGCGUCUGAUGAGAAGAUCAUCCUGCCCAGACAUCGACGGCUAGCCCUUCUGAAGCAGGUUAGCAUCAGAGAUAACUGCUGCACCCUCUGCUGUGACCAGAUUGCAGACACAGAGCUGAGACCCUGUGCACACAGUGGGAUUUGUAUGGAGUGUGCCUUACAGUUGGAGACGUGCCCGUUGUGUCGUCAGGACAUUCAGACGCGAGUGAGACUCAUUUCCCAUGUGUCCUGACACCAGCCUCCAAAAGCCAAGACACGGAUGGUCCCCCUAGUCUCUAUCCUAUCCAGUUCUGUCCAAGAGAUCCAGCCUGACCAAUAGAACUAUGACGCUGUUUUGCGAUUGGAAGCUACGGCACUGAAUGGUGCGAGGAAAGAGAAACGGAGUGUUUCGUUCAGAGGGAGAGGAAAGAAGGAAGAAAUGAGGAGAGAGAAUUUUUAAUCUCUCUCAGGAAAGAUGAUGUGAACUAUCGGAGGGCCGUCCCUGGUCAGAUAACGAGACUUGAGGAGCUGGAUCGGGAGGCAUGGAAGGUCUUUGAGAAGUUCAAAGCAUCAUGUCCAAAAAGAUGCCACUAAAAUGCAUGAACAGUAGCUACAUGCAUUGUGUAUACAAUGAUCUGCCUCUGACUGUCUCUGUGGGCGCUGAGCAGUGGCUAAAUACAUGUCUCUGUGUUCGGACAUGUUAAAUGUAUCUGUGAAUCUUCUCAUGUAUUAGAAAACUAAACUAUAAGGCUGAACAAGAAAGGCAGCCAUUCCCUAACCGCCUUUUCUCCAAGAAGAUGCAAACGUCUGUCUCUGGGAUGGAUUUAAUCUCAACAUUUUUUCCCUCAUAUCAUUCUACCUGUCUCUGCUGUACUUGAAAUAAUUGUGGGUUGGUUCCCUUGCAUUAUCAGUAGGGUGGUGAAGCUGUGAUGUACAGUGGUAUUAGACAGGUUUUCAUAGUGAAUAACGAAAAUCCUAUUUAGUAUAGAAUGCUAAACAACCCACACGUCACUCUGCAUUCACAAAACGUUCAGGUUGCAGUAGUGUGCGUCGACCUGACCUGAACGAUUCAGUCAUUUGUCUUGCUUUACAAACAUUUGUUUAAGAAAGAUGGACAUCGUAUGUCAUAUGAACGUAAAAUGUGAACUUUCGGAAGUGGCCAAUGUUUGAGUGAAUCUGAAGAGUUCCCAAAGAUGAGUGUGACUGAAUUCAGAAUCUUUCUUUUCUGAACUGUGAUGUUUGUAAUAAAAGUUUUGUUGUAUGUGUUG